UCCAAGUUCUGCGAGCACCGCAGUUGCGAGUGGAACACGGAGCUCUCGGUUUCUACGGUUCCUGCGAACGACAUCUUUGUGUCGCUCGUGUUGUACCGGUCUAGCCAGGUGAGCCUCGAGAACGCGCUAGGGCACUGGUCCAUCAACCUAUACAAGCUACUGCGGUACUCGGGCCAGCGCCCUAUCAAGCUCCAGCCCGUGUUCGAACCCGCACUGUCGCGGCCGAAGUUUCCGCUGGUCGCCAACGCUGGGAUCUGGUGCAGUUUCCUGGCCAGCGGCGUCAUGGAGGAACCGCUACCCGACUACGACAAUGCUAUCGAACCUGACGAGCGAACGCGCACGAGGACGGAGGUGGUGCCGAACAUUUUGGACGCUGCCGCGCUGCGGGCAGGCGGGGAGCAGCUCCUGCCGGUGCGUAUCCGCGUCGAUUAUGCUCGCAAUCUGCCUCGUCCGUGGCGGUCCAGAUCCGACCUCGCACUGUCGGCCACUGGGAAGGUGCUUGUGAAGGAAACCAGCCGAAUGAAAGGCACUGUCGUGGACGGGGCGUUGUUCGUGGAA